AUAAGUAACAUAUUAUUUGGGGAUAAGAGCUCGACCAAACAGGACUCUUAUUGUCAUUUGCAGACGCUGUUUGCAUUCAACAAGAACCAACAUGAAGUCUGUUCUCCUUCUCGUCGCUGUCGUUUGCUCUGUUACAGGGCUGCCAGCCCUGUAUGAUAACGGGCGCAUCAUUGGAGGAGGUACGGCUACAUCCGCACAAUUCCCGUACGUGGUUUCCAUCACUGAAAAUGAUCGCCACUUCUGCGGCGGAUUCAUUUACAGCGCCAGGUGGAUCAUCACCACAGCUUCCUGUGUUACUGGGAAAACCGCCAGCAAAUUGAAAGUGGUCGUCGGCCAGGUGAGCGCCAUCAACGCCGAUCCCAAUGAGCAAACGUUGGCUGUUUACACCGUCACACCUGUGCCACAGUACAACAGCACAAACAAGUAUAAUGACAUCGCUCUCCUUAAGCUUACAGCAGACAUUGAUUUCGAUUACGUCAAUGUUGAUUUCGUCGCAUACAACGAAUUAGACAAUAAUUUGCCUGCAGUUGUCAUGGGAUGGGGUUCAACUUUCGACGGAGGAUUGGAAUCGGUUAAUCUUCACUACGGAGAGGUUACCCUUAAUCUUGUGACUGCGACAUCACCUUGUGGAAGUUAUGCAGUAAACGAGGCUGAAUUUAAUUUGGCGACCAUGAUUUGCGCUUCGAAUAAUCCCGCCGCCAGCACCCUAGCUCCUGUUCCUGAUGCGACUGAAAGUCCUCUUGGAUCUCCCUGCCAAUACGACGAGGGCUCACCGCUGGUUCAAGUCAUGAACGAAGUUCCCACCGUUGUUGGCAUCUUGUCCAAGACUGACGGAUGCUCGGCGGAAUCUUAUGGCGUUUACACCCGCGUCUCCAUCUUCUACUCGUGGCUGUUCAACACGGCCGGUCCACAACCAAUCCGGCCAACGCCAGCUCCAACAACGGAAGAGCCAACAGAGCCAGUAUAAGGCCAACACGCUAAUAAUGUACAAUAAAUGUGAAGAAAAAAAUCUUCUCCCUUAUGUAACAUUAAUCUAUACACGGACAUGGGCAAUCAUUUCAAACCCUUUGACAACUUUUUUUUUUUUGCACCAAUAAAUGAAACGUCGCUGAUUCCCA